AAAGACUCGUUCUACAAGACGCAAAAUAUAUUUCAUUAGUCUUGAAGAAUAAGUUGUUACCAGUGGACUUAGAAUACAAAGUCAUACCGCUACUUAUUAUGCGGUGUCAAUGCCGUUCCUAAAUGACUGGCUGAUUCGAGUACAAUGUGAGAUCAACAUUUGAAUCCCAACGCGUUAAAUGAUGGAUCCGUUACAAAUCUCAGCUCAGACUCUCAGUAUGAAGUUUGUUGGUCACGAAAUGUUGUUGUAUUGUGUUGUUUUUCUAUUGACAUGUCUGAUGGCUUCCCACCCACUAGACAACCUUCUUUUUAUGUUUGUAUUCAUAGAGUUCCAAAGAAUUGUUUUUGGGAGGAAGGCGGUCCCACCGUAAUUAACUUCUAUUCAUCUUUUCGCAAAUCAUUCCUUGAUGUGAUGAGGUUCUUAGAACAUGCCUACCGCGUUUGUUUUCGAAAAAUCCUUAACAAAACAAAAGUCGAUUAUUUUAUGAAAACAAAAACAAUUGUGAAUAAACAAUGAAGUGAACCGAGGCAGGAAAACGACACAAGAGGUUACCACCACGUCCGGCAUGCUUACAAUUCCUUCAGUUUUGCAAUGUUUUAUAGUUGGAUUAACUUGUUAAUCUAGCGUGAAACCAAUGAAUGUAUUUCUCAUUUGCUAUCCUUGUAGUUCUUUCUUUAUGAGUAGAACACAAUGGAAUCGUCUAGUUUAAGUGUUAAUUGCGGAGGAAUAAGUCUAUAAAAUAUCGUCCUAUGAUGCUCAACGUCACCUGCACUUCGACACGAACAACACGACCAGUACUGUUUGCCUCAGUACCUCGGAGAGGUUAUUCUACAAUCACCAACUUCACAACACAAAACAACCUUAACAAGUACUCUGCUGGGAGAUUAGCGAACUCAUAAGAAUAAUGGUCAAAAAUGUUCAUCUCGUGCUUCUUAUAGUGCUCGUGUUUUACGAUCCAUUAAUUGUGAGCAAAAAACUGCGCAAUAAAACUGGAAUAUCGUCAAGAUUUAGAAACAAAACCAAAAACCAAGCAACGAAAGUAUCGUAUAAUAAAAAUACUAAAUGGCCAUCUCCAAGAAUCAAUAAUAACUGGAUGCGAAGUACUUACAUCACCACGAAGAAACCAACCAAUCGUGAGCAUUGUAAGAUCUUUUGUCGAAGCGGCUAUCAUCUACAGAUAUUACCAAAUGGUCUGGUGAGAGGAACAGUCAUGCAAUCCAGCAAACACGUUUUGUUCGAGAUGCAGUCGUUUGGACCGAGUCUUGUCAAGAUAAAAAGCGUGGCAACAGGUCGUUAUCUAUCCAUGAGAAGAGACGGUUCCUUGAGGGCAACGCGUCACAGUAAUUCAAGAGAAACGAUCUUUAAAGAAACACAUGAAAUGAAUGCAUUUCAUUCAUAUGCAUCCCAUAAGUACUACCGUGAAACACCUCAUGAUAUGCUGGUAGGAAUCAAGAGAAAUGGAGAGGUAAAGAGAGCUACAAGAACUAUGCAUGGACAGACAGCAACUCAAUUCCUGGUCAUUAAGACAUGACAUGAUAUAUCUAGCCUUUAAAAGUCACAUGUAUGCUUACCAUGCUUGCUUUGAGUUAAACCAAAUCCUGUAUGGCGCUCUAUCAGUUGUGUUUGAAAUAUGUUUUUAUAAAUUAAU